AUGGACUGUUCCCGCUGCCGUCGUCUCAAACUCGAUUGCAAAAUCGAGUCCAACUUCAAGCGAGUCGGAAAACGCAGUCGCAACGCCGAGAUGGAAAGGGAAAUAAUCGAGCUGAGGAGACAAAUUGCAAAUGCCAAUGCAACAAAUGCGUCGUUGAAAACUCAGGUGACGCCGGCCAAGCAGGAUGUAUCUGCCAUGUCGACACCACUAAGUGGAGCGAUGUAUCAGACCCCGACUCCGCUGUCGACAGAUCAGUACAUGGGUUCACAUGAAGCGGUUGCGUCUCUGUUGGACUUGAGGUCUGGGUUUGAUGGGCAGAAUUAUAUGCGGUCUGGCAGCCACCAAUUCAAGAGGAUAGAGGAUGUUAUGGUGGCAACAGAUCGGAUCAACGAACUAUUCAAUUUGUUCUUCACCUUUUAUCAUCCCUAUCUGCCGUUCCUCGACCGCGAGGUCACACCUGAAGAGUACUACGUGACCUCACCACUACUCUUCUGGAUGAUUAUCAGCGUAGGGGCACGCCGAUACCAAACCGAUAUUCAGCUACUGAACUCGUUGGCUGGUCCGGUGACACGUCUUGUCUGGAGCACAAUCGCCGACAUCCCUCAGAGCUUCCAUGCAGUCAAGGCUCUUUGCUUGCUUUGCACUUGGCCGUUCCCGACAAGUAGUACAUCGACUGACCCGACGUUCAUGCUAUCCGGCCUGAUGGUCCACGUUGCGAUGCAAUUGGGACUUCACCGACCUUCUCAUACUCAGGACUUUUCCAAGUUUCGAGUUGAGCUUAUUGAGUCGGAACUGCGGGACAAAGUCCGGACGUGGGCUAUUUGCAACGUAGUUGCACAAAGGGUUGCUACUGGCUACGGACAACCCCCUUCGACACUGUAUGACUGGACGUUAGGUGCUGGUGAACUCCUCGAUGUCAACUUUCAGCUACCUAGGGAGAUCAAGUCUCGGCUACAAAUCGAAGUGUUUGUUGACAAAGUUACAAAGGCAUUGUAUAACAAUCGGAGGAAUCCAGUGGGCUUGGCGGAAGACGGUCAACGAUCGUCUCUGAUGUCGUUCUUGACUCGGGAUUUUGAGGAAUUAGAGGAUCAAUUGAGAUCUGAAAACGAUGUGAUUACGGAUCUAUAUCUCAAAGCAGCGAACCUUCACCUACAGCUAUGUUCUUUCUUUGACGACCCCUCAUCGCAAGGAUACCGAGAGCGUUUGCUUUCAUUGCAUUCAGCGACCUGCAAUUUUUUGGAAUUGGCAUUGAACUUGGAAACAAACGUGGGCCCCGUGCUUCCUUAUACGCCAUAUUACAUUUACCAGAUCAUGCUCGCGGCGGGAUUUACUCUGAUGAAGCUUUGCAAGAGUUUCUUCUCAGCUCAUAUAGAUCUUGAGUACACGAAAAGACUGUUCAAUCGAACCAUCUGGUCCAUCCGAGCAAUUUCGGUCUCCAACAACGAUCUACCACAGCGAUUGACUGAAGUUAUGACCCAAAUGUGGAAGCAAGGGGGCGCUCCCACGCCACGACCGGCCUCUGCAUCAUCGGAAAUCGACGAUCAAUUACAACUCAAGGUGCGAUGCCGAAUGAGUAUGUCACUUGUUUUUGAUUCCGUCUGGCGUUGGCGAGAGGACGCUUUGGCCAAGGGUCGGAACAUAGAAGCAUCACUCAAAAACCCCACCGACCCCGAUUCCAACGGCGACACAGCAGGCUCAUCUCUCGCUCCACGCGCGUCGUCAACCACACCAGGAGUAACCGGCGACCCUAGCCUGGCACCUGCUCCACCACUGCCACAUGGUCUAUCACUAUCCUCCUCUUCCACUGGGGUCAACAACCUACCCAGUGGAUUCAUGGAACCCAAUUACGAGGUCUUUGAUCCGCUGAACUGGCUUCUUGACGGACUGGUUGAUUUCCCGUAUACGAUGCCUAUGCAGGCAAUCAUCCAGCUUCAGCGACCGGUCUUUUCCUCCUUGAAGGAGACCGCUCCAGAUCGAGAGCAUGAAGACCAAAAGUCUGAAAAAGGGCGAUACACCACCGACCUAGACAACGAUGAAUCUAGUCACAGGGUAAUUCGCAUCGAGUUCGAUUCUUCGCACGCUCCUCAGCCGUUCUUAGAGCCGGAACGACUCCAGAAAAUCAUGGAAGCGAGGCGCCAUAGGAGGUCGAAUGAACUCGAUGAUGAGGAAGGAGACGCGACCGAGGACAAUACAGCCACAGUGGCUACAGAAAGAGAAGUCCGACGAAGAGCAGCACAGACGGAUUAUGGCAGCAUGGCGAUUCGAGAUCGGAUGAUUCCGGAGUCAAAAGGCUACGGAGAUCGGUUUGCGGGAAGUGAAAUACCCAAUGACAUCAGCGCACCACAAAUGGCAGCGCAAAAACGAAAAAUGUCGGCGGGUGCAACCUCAUCGACUGCAAAACGGAGCAAUAGCUCUCAGUCAAAUGGAGCCAACGAUAUCAAAACCCCUCACCCCGGCGCGCAACAAGCCGAAGAUUUUGGCAUUGUCCUCCGCGAGUUCUACCCUCCUGAGAUGAGUAAUGCGCGCUGCGACGCAUACAACAACGGUACACUCGAACGGCCCAUCGACACACUCAACAGAGUCUACGCGGAGACCGAGAAAAGCCGAAAAGCCAUCAAACCCCGAAACGCAGUUGUGCAUUGGUUCAAAGGCGAUUUGCGUCUGAAAGACAACCGAGCGCUGAAGAUGGCGUCUGACUUAGCUGCCAAAAACGACGUUCCGUUGAUAUGCAUGUAUAUUAAUUCACCACAAGAUUUGACGGCCCAUUUGUCAAGUCCGGCGAGAGUGGAUUUUACGUUCCGGAAUUUGAAGGUGUUGCAGCAGAAGCUGGAUGAGUUGGAUAUACCACUGUACAUGGAGACGCAGGAAAGGCGGCAAAAUAUUCCCGGAAGAAUUGCGGAGUUAUGUGAGCAGUGGGGUGCGAGUCAUUUGUUUGCCAAUAUUGAGUAUGAGGUCGAUGAACUGAGGAGAGAGGCGAAACUUGUACGGCUGUUGGCUGAUAAGGGUGUUGCGUUUGAGACAGCGCAUGAUUCGUGUGUUGUCACUCCUGGUGCGUUGCAGAGUCAGCAGGGGAAACAGUAUGCGGUGUAUUCGCCGUGGUAUCGUGCCUGGAUGGCCUAUUUGCACCAGCACAGUGAUCAUAAUUUGAAUGUUCUGGAUACCCCUGGCAAAAAUCACGAGAGUGCGCGAAAGCAUUUCAAAGAUUUGUUUGGCUGUGAAACUCCGGAUGCGCCGGAGAACAAGCGUCUUUCAGACGAAGAGAAGCAGCGGUUUGAGAAGAUGUACCCUGAAGGCGAAGAAGAGGCGAUGCAGAGAUUGGAUACAUUCCUCAAGACCCGCGCAAAGGAUUACAACAAGAUGCGUAGCAUGGUGGACGGUCAAUACACAGCCGUCCUCAGUCCGUACUUUGCUGCUGGCGUACUAAGCGCAAGGACAGCCGUCUCCAAAGCCAAAGAUGCCAACAACGGCUACCUCGACGGCAAGAACGCCGGCAUCGCUUCAUGGAUCAGCGAAGUCGCCUGGCGCGAUUUCUACAAGCACGUCCUCGUGCACUGGCCAUACAUCUGUAUGAAUAAAUGCUUUAAACCCGAAUUCACCAAUGUCAACUGGGAAUACGACACAGACCUCUUCACGCUCUGGACCGAAGGCCGCACUGGCUUCCCCAUCGUCGACGCCGCCAUGCGCCAAAUCAAGCACGACGCCUGGAUGCACAACCGCAACCGCAUGAUCGUGUCCUCCUUCUUGUCGAAGGAUCUAAUGAUCGACUGGCGCCGCGGCGAGCGGUACUUUAUGGAGAACCUGAUCGACGGCGACUUUGCGUCCAACCACGGUGGAUGGGGGUUCGGAUCUAGUACGGGCGUUGAUCCGCAACCUUACUUUCGCAUUUUCAAUCCGCUGUUACAAAGUGAAAAGUUUGAUCCCAACGGGGACUUUAUCCGGAAGUGGGUGCCGGAAUUGAGGGCUAUCAAGGAUAAGAAGGCGAUUCAUGAUCCGUAUGCAAGAGGUGCAGGGCCUGUGGCGCAAAAGGCUGGGUAUCCGAGGCCGGUAGUUGAGCAUGCGAAGAGCCGGGAUAGGGCGUUGCAGAGGUAUAAGGAGGGGAUUGAGCGGGAUAAGCCAUGA